CUUCACAGGAUGUUUAUAAACAAACAGAUAAAGACUACUAUAAGCAAGUGUAAACGCAACUCCAGUCUUCAUCGAUGGCAGUACUGAGGCCUGACUCAUUUGGGUUUAAAGAAAAAAAAAGGGGGAGUGCGACGUUUGUAACGAGAUCGAUGGGAUUUCUUCUUCAGUUUGUGGGGAACUGUUGAGUGCGAGGGAUGUGACAAUUACCUUGGGCUUCUCACGUCAUCAAUUGAAUAAUUGAGAGUAAUAUAAUCAAAAGAAAAAGUAUCUUGGAAAGAUCGAGAUGUUAUCGUAGUGAAUUUUGAUUAUUCUAAUGGUGCGGAAAGUGUCAUGGACGGAUAAUUCGACCCCUCGGUGCGUUGAUAACGCAACGAUAACCGCAAUGCCUCUGUCAGGGGAGAACGUGGGAUGUCGUUUGGAGACCGAGAGAACCCUGGAAAUCCUGAAGAAUCGAUUGUAUUCUAGGAGGAUUAUUCCACUAUCUGGUGGUGACGGAUUUAAAGGGAUGUCUAGGGUGCCACUGAUACAGACAGCGAUGAGAGGUGGGGAAGAUGACAAUCCGCAUGAUAAAGUUAUUUUCGAGGUGGGACUACCUGGCGAUACAUGGAAAUACAGCGUAGAUCGUCAGAGUCUCGCUGAGAAGUCCGAAUGGUUCCGUGCCAUGUUAGUGGGACCAUUUGCACCACCACCGAGUGAUCCUCCUCCCACAGUGGCAAUGCCGCACGUCGACAAACGAGCGUUUGAUAAUCUCUUCAGUCAUAUUCGUGGUGAAUCCGUGAAUUUCAGUGGUGUGGUGACCGCAAGAGCAACCCUGGAUAUUGCACAUUACUACUUGUGCCCGGAAUUGGCAAAAAUGGCCGUGGAUUACCUCACUAAGAACCUCGACGCCUCCUCAGUGCUUGCGGUUUACCAUGGUCUGCAUCUUUAUGCACUUGGCGAUGUGGAUACGGGGGAGAGGGGGCCCUCGGCGCCACCAUUACCUGGAGAUGAUGCUAAUGAAAUUGCUGUGGCAUGCACCAAAUUAUUGAUCGCCUGCUUGGCUGUAAUCGACGGUGCUCCAGACGACGUACUGCGUCAAGAGGCUUUCGAGGAGUUGAGCAUACACGAAGUUGCAAACCUCGCUCGGAGGGACGAUCUCAAGCUCGCCAAAGAGAGUGUUCUAUUCCGUGCUUUAGACAGAUGGGCAGCCUCAGAUUGUCGGAGACGUGGGUUGGAACCCAAUGUCGCCAAUAAGAGACAUGCCCUGAGUGAUGACGUCUGGUACAGUGUCAGGUACCUUCUCAUGGAUGAUAAAGAGUUCAUUGAGGGACCUAUGGCUAGUGGGCUUCUCAGUAGUACGGAGUCUGCGACCAUCGUGGCGAGGAUUCUGGGGCAUCAACAACAACGUGAAACUGAAAUGAAUCAAACCGUCCCUCAUCGCCUAUCCACAACCCCAAGAAGACGUAAAUCUCCGUCGAAGAAGAACCCAGCGAAGAAUAAAUCAAAGAACUCGGGCAUGAAACCAGGCAAAAAAGAAUGCGAGGACAACAAAAAAAAUCGCAGAAAAGAGUGCGCUAGUCAGAGCCAACGGGUUUGUUCGCGCGUUGGUGAUUUGGUCGUUCGUGUUCUCGCCUGUGUUUUUGACUGAAGAAUAUUACUUAUAGAAUGAUUGUUAGACUAAUCGAAUUGUUCGUUUAAUUUCAAUUGAGCCAAGUCGUGAGGGCAAUUUUACCAAUUAUUUUCAGACUGAUGGUCUCGACUUGAUUUAACUAAUUGAUUUUAGAUAUACGACAUUUUAUUACUGUUGAUCUCAAGAGAGACUUAGAGCAAUUCUUGUUGAUUGAUUGAAUGCCACCGAUUUUAUAACGAAAUAUUUUUAAUGUUUUUAUACGAUGAUAGUUGCGUCGGGAUGAAUUUUCGCGUAAUUUUCUUUUUAAGUUCAUUAUGACUUUAAGAGCCAAUCGCUGUGACCUAUAGUCUACUUGUAUUUUUGCUAUUUUUUUGUAGGAAAAUUGAUUAUUAUAUUUUUUGAUCAUGAUUAGUGAGAAUCGAUUCAUUUUUGUGGUCUAUUACUAGGUGGAUUACAUGUUGAAUGUUGAUAUUACGCAAUCAGUUCGUUGUGUUCAUGGUUGUUGAGAGUAUACCGAUGUUUAAACUUUGAAUAGGAAUGUGAAAUUUAAUAGGUGGAGAUGAUGUUUCAUUGUUUAUUGGAUUGUUUAAUUGAAUUUUAUUUUCGAUAGGUAAAUUUGAGUAUGGAUUAUUGAAUAGGAUGAUGUAAAAUGAUGGAUCGAUCUAAUAUAAUAAAUCAUUGCGAAUAAAUCUGA